CGCCCCCCUCCCACGUGACCACCCCUGCCAUUUGACGUAGUUACCGAGCGAGACUGCGCAAUAUUGAUCAUGCGCUGUUAAGUCGCCCUCCUCUUUUGAUGUCCAGGCAACACUCGUCUUCCCUGCCAGCUUUCAUUCGGCAGACAUGCGUCGAAGUAAGACUGAAGUUGACCGCUACGUCGCCUCCGUGCAGACUUCCUCGCCCUCACUCAAAGAGAAACCGGUCAAAGGAUUUUUAUUUGCUAAACUCUAUUUCGAAGCAAAGGAGUAUGAACUUGCAAAGAGACAUGUGUCCGAGUAUCUCAAAGUCCAGGAGAGGGAUCCCAAAGCGCACAAGUUCCUUGGACAGCUCUACGAGAGAGACGGAGACGUCAACAAAGCAGUAGGAUGUUACAAGCGUUCUGUGGACUUGAACCCCGCCCAGCGAGACCUGGUGCUCAAGGUGGCCGAGUUACUGGUCAGCAAAGAGGAAAAUGACAGCAAAGCGGAGUUCUGGGUGGAGAAAGCUGCAAAGUUGCUCCCAGGGAACCCAGCAGUCUUCAACCUGAAGGAGCGGCUGUUGAGUCGCCAAGGUCAGCAGGGUUGGAACCGACUGUUUGACCUCCUUCAGGCAGAGCUGGCGGCCCGACCGGGAGAAGCGCACGUCAACAUCAAGCUGGUCCAGCUGUUCAGUCAGGACGGCCAGCUGGAGGAGGCGGUUAAACACUGCCUGGCCACUGAAAAACGGGGCUUGCUGCGCCACAGUCUGGACUGGUACACUGUGGUGGUGCGCACACUUCAGGACUAUCUGGCUCAGCCAAGCAUCUCCAACAAUGAGAAGAUGUGUCGUCGUCUCCAGAGAGAGCUGCUUUUGGCUCACAGCAACCUUGUGAGAAUCACACUGUCUGGAAGCGGUGUGCAGUCUUGCCUCGAUGCUCUCAGGUGUUUUGACCAGACCAUGCAGAAACUGAGCAGCGUUGCAAGCCACCACACAGACGAGCUUAGUGAGGCGUUUGUGGAGAUGCGGGGUCACCUGUACUUGCACGCUGCCACACUGCUACUGAAGAUGGCUCAGGAUCGUCAACAGACAUGGCGGGCUGUCAUCGACCUCUCAGCGCUAUGCUACCUGCUGGCCCUGCAGGUUUCCAGACCGAAGCCAAAGGGGACUAAAAGAGAUCAGUCAGCCCCACAGCUUUUGGAGCUUCUUGCAAGCGACAGGCAGAGCCAGGCUGGCCACAUGCUGCUGAACCUCAGUACUGAUUCAUCCAACUUGAUCAGAGAGGUGGUGGAAGCGUUUGGGAACCGUAGUGGUCGAGACUCUCUAGUUGAACUCCUGUUUGGACGACAGAGCCCUACUGGAUCUUUCAUUGCAAAUGAUGACUUCCAUUCUGUUAGUGCACAAGCUCCAGAAAUCUCUCAACUGGCCAAGUGGGAUGCAGGUGCCAUCUUGUUGCAUUGCGGCGACUUGCAACAUCUAAGCUGGUUAGGUCUUCAGUGGACUCUUUUGGCCCAAAGACCAGCCUUGCGGGCCUGGCUACAGCAGCUUUUUCCAAGACUGACUCUCGAAACUUCCAAACUCGACACAAAUGCACCGGAGUCAAUCUGUCUUCUGGAUUUGGAGGUGUUUAUACACGGUGUGGUUUUCUGUAGCCACUGUCAGCUGCAGGAGACGGCAAAGAUGAACAGUGGAAUAAACCUGCAGCAACAGACUCUUUAUGAACCUCGCUGCCUCCCACUUCCUCUUCUUCGCCUCUUGACCACAGAAAGACAGCGGGAGUGGUGGGAUGCCAUUUACAGCCUCAUUCACAAACGAGCUGCUCCUGGCAUGUCAGCCAAAUUGCGAAUGGUGGUACAACAUGGGCUGAGCACAUUGAGAGCGGGAGAGAAACAUGGGCUGCAUCCAGCACUGGCCAUCUACUGGGCUCAGUGCCUUUGCCAGACGGGCGAUGUUGUGAACUCAUACUACGACCAGAAGGAGUACAUCAGCCGCAGUGUCCACUACUGGAAAGUGGUCCUUCCACUGCUGGACAAGAUCAAAAAAAGGCGCAGUAUACCAGAACCUCUCGACCCUCUCUUCAUGCAUUUUCCAUCCAAAGAUAUUCAGAUCUCCUCUGUGAAGGGCUGUCAAGAGGAAGCCAACGUUGCAUAUGCAACUCUCCUUGACAUCGAAGGCAAGACAGAGGAGGCCAUCGCAACUUUGGAGUCAGUCAACAACAUGGCAUCUGUCUGGCAUUUGGCUCAGAUAUACCAGCGGUUGUCUGAGGAGGCCAGUAAUGGAGUUGAGGAGACCCAGGACAGGUGCAUCGCUUUUCUGAAGAAAUUCAGGCUCUACCUCUCUAAGAUAUACAAUGCCAACGCGGAUGAAGUUGAAAAACUUCCAGUGUCCAUGGAGGAAGUUGUGGACCUCCUUAAUGAUGUGAACCAGCAACUCGCAGACAAUGGUGGGGAUGAAGACGAGGAAAAGAAUGGUGGUCACGGUGGACUACCCCAUUCAAGUCCUGCUCGUCCCACAGACACAAGAGGCACCAUAUCCCAUAUUACGUUUUCCACUCCGUCCCCAAACAAAAGCAUUGUCUCUCCUUCCAAAAGACACCUGAUUUCUCCAAAGACACCACCUCACUGGGUGGAGGACCAGAAAAGUCUCCUCCAAAUGCUGUGUCAGCAAGUUGAAGCCCUUAAGAAUGAAGUUCAUGACCUGAGACAUAACUCUACAGGAAGUGUGGGAUCCCCUCAUCACAAAAUGUAUGGUGAGAGUUAUGGCGCUGAAGGACUACAGGAAUCUUUCACACCUGUGCAACCCUUCCAUGGGGCCCCCUUAACAGUUGCCACUACAGCUCCUUCCGUGUACUACAAUCAGUCUCCAGCCUACAACUCACAGUACCUCCUACGCACAGCAGCAAAUGUAACCCCCACAAAGGGCCCAAUGUUCAAUAUGAACCGUAUGCCACCUCAACAGCACAUGUAUGCCUAUCAGCCACCAACCCAUACUCCUCCAAUGCAAACUGCUCCAGCCUGCAUAUACCCUCCUCAAGAACAGGCCUUUGGUGCGCCACGUCGAUUUGAAUCACCAGCAACAAGCCUUCUGUCCCCAUAUAGUGAAGAAUAUUAUGGGCAGAGUGUAACUCAACAAACCACCAACCCUCCUCUGCCCGAACCUGGUUAUUUCACCAAACCAUCUGUCGUCCCGCCUCAGCCACAAAAAAGCUUUGAGGGGAAAUCUGUGGAGCUUGGAAAACUCUCAUUUAGCCAGCAGACACCUGCUGAAGGACCUAAAGGACCUAGUUUUGGAACAAGCACAGUUUCUCAACCAACAGCUGCCUUUAAAUUUAAUUCCAACUUUAAAUCCAAAGAUGGCGAUUUCACUUUCCCAACAUCCCAAGCUAAGCACAGUGAAAGUUUACUCGGUCUUCUCACGUCUGACAUCCCUACCAAGACUGAUAAUUUGCCAGAAAAGCCUCCUACUGCUCAAGAGCAGACCUCAAACCAAGCAAGUAUCUUCACUUUUGGCAAUAAAAAAAUGUCUGGCUUCUCAUUUGCUGAUGCAGUACAAAACAGUCCUGGAAGUCUGUUUGGAAAAGUGGAGCAGCCAUUUAAAUUUGGAGAUGUUGCCAAGCCAGUAUUUGGUGAUGCCAAGUCUGCUGCCGAAGAAGAAAGUGCAGCAAAUAGUGACAAUGACAGCACUCAUGCUGAGGAGGAGGACGACGAGGAAGAGGAUGAUGAUGGUCCUCACUUUGAACCCAUUGUACCCCUUCCUGAUAAAGUCGAUGUGAAAACGGGUGAGGAAGAUGAGGAGGAGUUAUUUUGCAACAGAGCAAAGCUCUACCGAUUUGACACGGCGACAAAAGAAUGGAAGGAACGCGGCGUCGGCAAUGUUAAAAUCUUGCAACAUAGCAUUACGAAGAAGGUUCGACUCCUAAUGAGACGGGAGCAGAUCUUCAAGAUAUGUGCAAAUCACUACAUCACCACUGACAUGUUACUGAAACCUAAUGCUGGUUCUGAUAAAUCAUGGGCAUGGAAUGCCAUUGACUACGCAGAUGAAGAACCGAAGCCCGAGCAACUAGCCAUCCGUUUCAAAUCCGUAGAUGAGGCAUCAUUUUUUAAGACAAAAUUUGAAGAAGCCCAGAGCAUUGUGGAGAAAUCCCAAGAAAAUCAGGUUCAACAAGAGAAGAAAGCAGAGGGUUUAAUACCUUCUAAGCCUUUUGAAACUCUUGCGGAAAAAUUUGCAAUGAAAGAAGGAGAGUGGGAUUGCACUGAAUGCUUUGUGAGAAAUAAAUCAGGGACUGAUCGGUGCUCUUCUUGUCAAAGUGACAAUCCCAGUUAUUCCUCAAAACCAGACAUUCGUGCUGAGAAGGACAUCAAAGUCACUCCCUUUGCUUUUAAAUUUGGGACAGAUGAACCGAAAACCAGUCACUCUGGUCCCACCUUUUCUGGAUUUGGUGCUUUUGGAAAUUCUUCCUCUUCGUCUUUUACAUUUGGUACAAAUUCUGCCAAACCUGUUGACACACAAAACAGUGCUUUUGGUUCUGGCUUUGGCAGUCCGCUAGGGAAGAAAGGAGAGCAGUUGGUUUGUGAUUCAUCUUCUACGACAAACGAGGUCUCUGAUGACAGUUGUGUUUCUUGUGAAGCUUCUCAAGGUUCACCUAAAACAACUUCCACUGAACAAAAUGCACCUCCCACAGUCGUCUUACCUGGUGGCAAAAUCUCAGAAUCUUUUGUGAGUACCGGGUUUGGUAACCAAUUUGGAAAUAAACCAGAUCAGUGGGAGUGUGGUGAGUGUUAUAUAAGAAAUGAAGCUAGUGCAAACAAAUGUGUUGCCUGUCAGGCACCAAAUCCGACCGCUAAAAGCACAGUCAGUGCUACUCCAUCAGCUUCUAGCUUUAACUUUGGAGUAAAGACAUCAUCAAGCCAGCCUACUGGAACACCUUUCGGAACAGGCCAAUCAUUUCAGUUUGGUCAAAGCAAAGUUGAAACUUCAGCAUCUUCUUUUAAAUUUGAGAUUCCCCAGUCCAACUCAAGUACCACUAGUUCUUCUGGCUUCUCUUUCUCAUUGCCCAUUUCUUCAGGUGGCUUUAAAUUUGGAAUUCAAGGCCCUGCAAACGAUAUUUCACCAACUACUAACUCAACCUCCACUGAUCAGAUUGUGUCAUCAGGUUCCGCCUCCAGCUUUCUUAAAAGCAUUGCUGAUAAACACAAGGAGAAAGAAAAUGCUUUUACCUCUGACGAAAAGGGCCAUCAAGAGCCUGAGCCAAAUCCAUUAAUAUCUGGUAAAACUGAUUCCUUUAGUUUUGCAGACCUGGCAGUAUCAUCUGAAGGAAACUUCCAGUUUGGCCUGGAUGACCCUGAUUUCAAAGGUUUCUGUGGUGCCGGUCAGCAGGUUUUCUCAUCCUUUCAGGCCACACCCACAAAGACAAAUGCCUCAAGUGAGCAGGUAGACGACGACAUGUAUAAAACUGAAGAAAAUGACAAUAUUCAGUUUGAACCAGUCGUUCAAAUGCCUGAGAAAGUUGACCUCGUAACGGGGGAGGAAGACGAAGAGGUCCUUUACUCACAUCGUGUCAAACUGUUUAGAUUUGAUACAGACACUGGUCAGUGGAAAGAGCGUGGGGUAGGGAUCCUCAAAUUCUUAAAGAACAACAGUAAUGGUCGGCUUAGAGUUUUGAUGAGAAGAGAGCAAGUUCUGAAGGUGUGUGCCAACCACUGGAUUACGACCACCAUGAAUCUUAAACCACUAGCAGGCUCAGACAAGGCAUGGAUGUGGCUGGCCAACGAUUUCUCUGAUGGAGAUGCGAGACUUGAACAAUUGGCUGCCAAGUUCAAAAGCCCCGAACUUGCUGUGGAAUUUAAAGAUAAGUUUGAAGAAUGUCAGAGACUCCUCUUGGACAUCCCCUUACAAACUCCCCACAAGCUCUUUGACACAGGCAAAACUGCACAUUUGAUUCAGAAAGCCGAGGAAAUGAAAUCCGGUUUUAAGGGCAUGAAAUCCAUUUUUACAGAUGACAAAACAAAAAUCAAAGAUUACAGCCAGGUAGAAAUUCCAGCAUCCUCUAAAAUGACUAGUCUAUUAAUCAAGCCUCACAGUGAAACAACUGGCCCUACUUUAGAGUGGGAUAACUAUGAUCUAAGAGAAGAGGCUCUUGAUGACACAGCUGACUCAUCAGUCUACGCUUCUCCACUCACUAGUAGCCCAUUGAGAAAGAACCUUUUCCGAUUUGGAGAGUCCACGGGUGGCUUCAACUUCAGUUUUCAACCUGGGAUGAGCCCUGCAAAGUCUCCUGCUAUGCUUAAUCAGAGCAGAACCUCAGUUGGUACUGACGAUGAGCAAGAUGCUACCCAGGAUGAGGAGCGAGACAGCCUGUACUUUGAACCUGUAGUUCCCCUGCCUGAUUUGGUUGAUAUUUCCACCGGAGAAGAAGACGAACAAGUAGUAUUCAGUCACAGAGCCAAACUGUAUCGAUAUGAUAAAGAAGCGAGUCAGUGGAAAGAGAGAGGUAUCGGAGAUAUCAAAAUCUUACAAAAUUAUAACACGAAACGGGUAAGGUUGAUUAUGAGGCGGGACCAGGUUCUUAAGAUUUGUGCUAACCAAUGGCUCACAGAAACCAUGAAGCUAGAACCAAUGAAGGGUGCAGAGAAGGCCUGGGUGUGGAGUGCAUUGGACUUUGCUGAAGAAGGAGAGGGAAAAGUUGAACAGUUGGCCGUGAGAUUCAAAUUGCAAGAAACCGCAAACACAUUUAAGCAGAUUUUUGACGCGGCCAAGAUCGCUCAGGAGGAAGCAGAACUUAUGAUCCCUGUAUCAUCCAUCACAUCACUGGACAGUGGAGACUCUUUAAAAUCUGCUACUGUUGUCUGUGGGAAGGCAGCAAUUGCUAUUUUGGAAGAGACCACGAAGGAUCGAAGUGAAUUCUCAUGUAAUGAGAAACCAUCUCCAUCCCAAAGUCCAGUCAACCCCACCAAAUCAGUGAUGUCACCCCCCAAAUUCGUGUUUGGCUCUGAUGGCCUUCAGAAGAUCUUUGGAAGUCCAAAAUCUCCCUCCGAGAGCGGUGACUGUGAAUCCAACUUAAAAGCUAAAGAUUCUGGACAUCCUUCUAAGGGGGCUGCUGCAUCAACUGCAUUCAAAAUUCCACAAAAAGGGGCUCAACAAGCAGGAGUCAAAGCCGAGUCAGAUGAGGACUCUGAACUGGAGGUUGUGUAUGUCAGGGAGCCAACUGCUGAACAAGCUGCUUUAGCCCGGAAAUUACUGCUGCCGCUCACCUUUUUCUGCUACCAGAAUGAACCAGGCUACACCAGUGACAAUCAACCUGAUGAUGACGACUACGAGUCAGCAGUCAAAGCCUUGAAUGGGAAGCUCUACCCUGAUCCUCCUGAAAGACAAGUGACCACAUCUGACAUUGAGCCAGACUGCCAGGUGGUCUGGGAGAAAAAACCCACGCCAGAGGAGGAGGAGAAAGCCAAGAGCCUCAAGCUUCCGCCCACGUUCUUCUGUGGCCUGAGCACCACUGACAGUGACCCGGAUCCUGACAAGGCUGAGGAUUUUGACACAGAAGUCCUCAAAGCCCAACAGGAACUGGAUUCCCAGUUGAACAAAGCUGAAGUCUCCAGUCGUCCUGCUGAAGAGCUGACGUCUGCUCCGUCGCCAAGCAGCGCAGAGGUUGUCGGCAGCACGUCCACGGCCCAGGAUGACGUUUCAGAGCAGCCGACAGAAGAGCAGGCAGCUGCUCCCAGCAGCAGCGCUCCCAUCGACUUGUCAACCAAGUCGAGCAGCGAGCCGGAGAGAGUCGCUGUUUCUGCUCCUGCUGCAGCUCUCACAAGCAGCGAGUCAGAGAGAGUCGCUGUUUCUGCUCCUGCUGCAGCUCUCAUAAGCAGCGAGUCAGAGAGAGUCGCUGUUUCUGCUCCUGCUGCAGCUCUCAUAAGCAGCGAGUCAGAGAGAGUCGCUGUUUCUGCUCCUGCUGCAGCUCUCACAAGCAGCGAGUCAGAGAGAGUCGCUGUUUCUGCUCCUGCUGCAGCUCUCACAAGCAGCGAGUCAGAGAGAGUCGCUGUUUCUGCUCCUGAUGCAGCUCUCACAAGCAGCGAGUCAGAGAGAGUCGCUGUUUCUGCUCCUGCUGCAGCUCUCAUAAGCAGCGAGUCAGAGAGAGUCGCUGUUUCUGCUCCUGCUGCAGCUCUCACAAGCAGCGAGUCAGAGAGAGUCGCUGUUUCUGCUCCUGAUGCAGCUCUCACAAGCAGCGAGUCAGAGAGAGUCGCUGUUUCUGCUCCUGAUGCAGCUCUCACAAGCAGCGAGUCAGAGAGAGUCGCUGUUUCUGCUCCUGAUGCAGCUCUCACAAGUACAGACCCUGCCGGUUUUGGUUUCACCUCAUCAGGGGCCUUCUCUUUUGCUGACCUGGCCAAAACUACAGAAGGCUAUGCCUUCGGAGCAAAUGAUUCCAGCUUCUCCUGGGCAAAUGCAGGUGCAGCAGUAUUUGGGGCGUCGGCGGCUGCAGCAUCGAACGGCAAUAACAACGAGGGCGGAAGUGAAGAAGGGGAAGGUCCUGAAAAUGUUGACAUACAUUUUGAACCCAUCGUGUCACUGCCAGAGGUGGAGACAAAGUCUGGAGAGGAGGAUGAAGAAAUCCUUUUCAAGGAGCGUGCCAAACUGUAUCGAUGGGACCGGGACCUGGGCCAGUGGAAGGAGCGUGGGGUCGGCGACCUGAAGAUCCUCUUCCACCCGGCCAAACACUUCUACCGAAUCCUGAUGAGAAGAGAGCAGGUGUUCCGAGUGUGCGCCAACCACAACAUCUCCCCAGCCAUGGAGCUCAAGCCCAUGAACACCUCCACUAAUUCACUCAUCUGGGUGGCUACAGACUACUCGGACGGCGAGGGCUCCAUAGAGCAGCUGGCGGUCAAGUUCAAAACCCCAGAGAUCACCGAAUCCUUCAGGAAGACCUUCUGCGAGUGUCAGAGCCGCUUACGCCAAACGAGCGGCGACUCCCCGUGUAGCGCCUCGCCGAUGAUGUCCAGGAUCCAGGAGCACUCCAGAGACUCCAACCCACAGGUGUUCUUCACCGUGGAGGCCGACAGCCAACCUAUUGGCACCAUCACCAUGGAGCUCUUCUCCCACAUUGUUCCUAAGACGGCAGAAAACUUCAGGGUUCUCUGCACUGGCGAGAAAGGCUUUGGGCUACGGGGCUCCGUUUUCCACCGGGUCAUACCAGACUUCAUGUGUCAGGGAGGCGACAUCACCAACAGUGACGGCACGGGUGGACGGUCCGUCUACGGCGCCAAGUUCGAGGACGAGAACUUUGACGUCCGGCACACAGGCCCGGGCGUGCUGUCCAUGGCCAACCGAGGCCGUGACACCAACAACUCCCAGUUCUUCAUCACACUGAAAAAGGCGGAGCACCUGGACUUCAAGCACGUGGCUUUCGGCUGGGUGCGACAGGGCAUGGAUGUUGUGCAGCACAUGGGGGAGCUGGGCACCAAGGGAGGCGUCCCCACCAAGAAGCUGGUGAUCACGGACUGUGGACAGUUGUAGACUUUUACAGGUUUGAAGCUUGCUUUAUGGAAUUAGCUUUCUGUGGUCAUAAGGUGUCAAAAUCAGUUUGCUAAGAAAUUAUGGGAGGUGGCACUUUUGAUCGUCUGACAGUAAAAUCUCUCAAAUGUAAUUGUAUAAUUGUACAUUACCUUUUUUUUUUUUUUUUAAAGUGUUUUUUGUUUUGCAUGCUCUGGUACUCUACACACAUUUUUGAGUAGCACUGUUUCUUUACAGCCGUGCAACUUCCUGUAGAUGGCGCUAGACUGUCAUUUCAUUAUUUGUGCCCUGACACACGUUCACUGAGGUUUAUGUACACCAUCAUUAUGAGAAACAAUAAAGUGUUUUCAUGUAGAUAUUUUAUGGUAUUUAAUACUCUGGAUACUUUAAUACGACAUGUUGCUAGGGUGAUAAACAUUAAUAAAAAAGUUAGGUUAUCAUUCCUACAGAGUUCUCCA